AGCUCGCCCUCCCUGUUUGCACCUUAGAACGUUAAAUCAUCCCCCCCAAAAAAAUGGAGCUCUUCUUAAUCGAGCGCAUUUCCCAUUAAUCCCCCUUGUUCCCGUAGGAUACUUUAUGACCAUCAAAACGUGUCCUCCUCCUCCCACCCCCCCAAAAUAAUCAAAAAUAAUGGGGAAAGUAUAAUAUCGUAAGAAUCGAUAUUUAAAAUGAUGACUGGGGAAACAUGUGUUCCGGCGACGGAUUAUUUCAGUUAAAGUUUCGCGGGUUGAGGGUGAACAACACCGCCGCGACGGCAUUUGUUUAUUUCCCGCUCCGGCCCGGUUGCUAUGAUGUUUUCAUUAUUUUUAACAUGAUUCCAGGUAAGUCCUUUAAGGCCCAAAGAAAUCUCACUUAAUCCCACUUCUGAUCUAGGCGAUUUAACGAGCAAAAAAUGUCCCGGAAACUCUCCAAUUUUCGGCAGCUGUCCCUCGGUUGCGACCAACAACAGAAAAAACGCGCGGGUCUCACCAAACAGUUCUCCGAAGACGUCCCGGAGCCAUGGUUCGAUCAGCAGCAAGAAAUCCAGGUUUCCUUGAAUAAGCCAAAGAAGCCCGCCCCCAGUGAGAGUAAAAGUGUAAAGCUGGCUUGGGGGGACGGCUUCAACCUGAACGAGGAAGUGAUCAUAAAGAAAUGCAAAGAGGUCAAGAGGGAGCGAGGGAAGCUCACCAGACAUCCCUCCCUGGAAAAGGACUCCAUCUUAAACUCGAAACAGGAGUUCAAUAAGCCGCGUGCGAGCGACAAGGAGAACGAGAAGAGCGACAACAAGACCAACAGCCUCCAGAUCUAUUUGGCACAUAAUUUACAAGACUCCGCCGCUGCGGAGGAAGUGACGGAGCCGGAGAAGUUCGAGCCGAAGUACUUGCAACCCCUGAUCGACUUCAACCAAUCGAAACCCUUUCAAAUCAAGAAGAAUAGUGGCAAGAAGAUCCCGGAGAAACCUCCGUUUGGCAGGAGCAACACCAUCGUGGUGGUGCCCCUAGAGAACCAUAAGGAGGAACGCCAGGACCAGGAGGAGGAGGAGGCCAAGGCUGACCUGCCUAGCGGUGAGGGAAUCAACGUAAUAAUCAGACCCAUGACCGCGCAAAGUAGACGAGAAAAGUUCCAGAAACGCACCAGUUCCGCCUUCCACAAGGAGCAAGCGAACUUCCGGCCCCCCUUGGUCAGAUCCUCCUCGGCCCCGAGCACCAAACAUCACGACAAAGGUAAAUUUUUGGCAUCCAAACGUAAAGUGAAAACCUCCAAGAGGUCUCCGAAAAGUGAGGAGCCGGGGGAGGCAUCGUGCGAAACGAAAGAGUGGAAGAAUGCCGCCCAACCCCCGCCGGAAAUCGUCACCAUGGUCUCCCUGAUCAGCCCCAGCGGGAGCGAGAACGAGGCGGAGUCCGAGGAUGAAAGGGAGCGUCCGAAAUCGGUGCUCAAGAGCCCCUCGGGGGAUCAUAAAAACGCCGCCACCCCCCUCGAGGGGGAGGGCAAAAAUGUCACGUUAAGGAAGACGGUGAAAUCAGUCGCGGUUUUUCCAGUGUCAUUUCAACAAUCCAGCAUCCACGCGGUCCGGAGUUUUAGCGCCAGUUUUCCGGCAAGAAGGGCCUCCAUGGCCGCCGCCCUUUCCACACAUCCGAACACGAAAAAUGGACCGCAGAAGGGUCAAGAGAAACGGGGGACGAAUCCGGGAUCUCCAGACGCUGAUGAACGGGUUCCCAAGAGGAGGUUGCUGAGGAGUAACACGGAGGAGAGCAAGGCGAGUUCCUCAUGGAAGAAGGCCACUAGUCAAAUAGGGCUGCUGAAGGCUCCUAAAGGGGAGUUCUCGGUUGAUAUUCAGACGAAGGGUAGUCAGGAGGGUAAGGAGUCGAUGAAACUGGAUCUAGAGGACAAUGUCAUUUUGAUUACUCCGGAGGAGAAGAAACCUUCGCCAGAGAAACCGGCGGAGGAGCGACCCGCGAGCGACGACACCCCCAAAGAGAAACAAUGCUGGGCCAUGUACUGUAAAAUGACCGAAAAAGGAAUCAACGUUUCGUACGACACCAUCCUCAGGGGCAUGCUUACGCCAACCGAGUACCGGAUAAGGAGGAAGACCUCGAUCGCGGAAGAGAUGAAUAUUAUGGUGAACCCGGCUCAAGCAUCUAGUGAGGAGGAGGAGGAUCAGAAACCAGGCACUCACUAAAAUAGUUGUUUGUAUGUUUUUUUAGAGCGUUUAUACUACUAGAGAGAGCAAUAAAUAGAUUUGC